GUGAGUCCCACAGUGAGUUUACCAGUCCUCCUUCUCCAGGUGCCAGCAUGCCUCUCCCGGCUGUGGCCCGUUCUCUCCGGGCUGGGCUGUAUCACGUGUGGCCGGUGGUUGUGCUGGAGGAGCUGGGCAGCAGUUUGUUUGACACCGCUCUCCAGAUGGUGGUUUUGGACCGGUCUGCCAACGCCACCGACCCGGACACCCACAGCUCCAGCUACAGCCAGCAGAUCGCCAUGACCAACUUUUACAUGAUCUACAACCUCAUCACCAAAUUCACUCCCAUCAUCCCCGCGGUGCUCCUGGCGCGCAUGGGGGACCGGGGAUGGAGACGGCUGCCCGUGAUAGUGCCUCUGGUCGGAUACCUUGUCUCCAGACUGGCCCUGCUGUUUGUGGUCAUCUCUGAUUCACCUAUCCAGCUCAUGUACGGGGCCGGGGCGCUCUUCGGUCUCUCAGGGGGGUACGCUGCGUAUUGGCCAGGCGUCAUGACACUGGCGGCACUGGCCUCCACUGCGUCCGACAGGUCUAAAGCCCUGAUGCGAGUGGAGCUGCUGUAUGGGAUAGCAGGUCUGGUGGGUAGUCUGGUUUCAGGACACCUCUUUCAGCUGUACACCUCCAGUAUGAGACAUGGGAUCAUCCUGUUAAUUAUCAGCACCAUUUUGGCUGUGCUCUGCCUCCUAGACGCUGUGCUGCUGCUACAGGUGACAGAUGUCUCCAACAGAGAGGAAGAAGCGGAAAGCUACGGCCUCAUCCCUCCAACACCUCACCAUGAUGCUCCUAUUCAGAGAAACGUACCUAAUAUUGCUCUUCUGUUCACUGCCGCCAUAUUGUAUAGCUCUGCAGUGGGCGGGGCCAUAAACAUACUCGGGGCCUUUGUGCUGAAAGAGCCACUGAGUUGGGAUGCCACGCAGGUGGGGUAUGGGAAUGCAGCAGGCUGUAUGAUUUUCAUUACCAGUUAUGUGGGGCUAUUAGUGUUGCGUCGGUACUUCAGUGAGACCAGUAUCAUUAUGAUUGGCAUGCUGUCGUUUACCUCGGGGAUUUACUUCAUGUCCUUUGUCACAGCUACGUACAUGUUUUAUCUGGCUCGAUCACUGAACCUGCUGGCUCUCAUCCCUAUGCCCACAAUAAGAUCUCUGCUUUCGCAACAAGUCCCCAAAUCCUCAUGUGGUAUGACUCUGACCUUGCUGCAGCUGCUUUUGAAGCUUGGGGCAGCGGCCUACAUCCCUGUCUCCACCAAGCUCUACCAGAGCACACUGGACUGGUUCCCGGGUUUUGUGUUCACAUUGUCAAGUGCCUGCUCUGUGCUGGCAAUGAUACCCAUCAGUAUCGUGGGAUGCAGAAUCCAAAAGUUACAGUAUGAAACUAUACAGGCAGACUGAGGCUGUCGAACACUGCCCAGAAUAGCAACCCACCAAAUGAAACACAAACACAGAAGUGGCUGGAGGACCCACUGCUCACACACAGUGAAAGUUACACAGACUCUUAGUGCUCUGUGAAGGUACUUAUGUUGCCUACACUGAAAUGUGCCAAGAAAUGUAUCAAGCAUAUAUAUACACUACUUCUCCUCACAGUAAGUUUACAAGUGGCAAAGCCUUGCAUUAGUUUUUCUUGUAUCACUUAUGUCACUUUAUGCAUGAUUUAUUCAUUUUUUGUUUUUUACUUUACCAGGUUUUUGUGCGUUACUUAUUGUUUUGUCAUUCCAAUUGUGUCUAAAGUUAUAAGACAAAUGUUACAUCUAGACAGGUACUUUUCUAAUUACUAUUACAUGAGUCGUUUUCCAAAAUACUUUUUUUUAUUCGUAUUUGGGUAAUUUCUUAGACCACUACUUAGUAAUAUUAUUUGAACUUACUAUAGUACAAUCUUUGGAUAUUUUACCCAUCUCUAGACUGUCACCAGUAGGGAACUUAAACAGCACUACAACCAUGUUCCUGUCUUCAGUUUUCAUCAGUAGUAACAGAGUAGUAGUAAAAUGUAAAAAAAAAUUGUAUUGUAUUCACUGUAAAAACUUGCACAUAACAAUUUUUAAUAUCUGUAUGGACUGAAUAUAACUUGAUGUAUUGGACAUGGUGACAUUUUAUUGCAUUUUACUGCUAAUGUUAGUGAUGAAGUAAGUUAGUCUUAUAAUGUAAUGGUAAUUAAAUGUGUAUUUUUAAUGUGUGUUCACAUCCUCAGGGACUGCAGAUGGAAAGUAGCAGUAGCUAAAUCUGGUACAAAUCAUCUUUUCUUAUGUAUGAUUAAUGAAUUUGUACAUGGUCCCUGACAAAUAAAGAAAAGAUUAAAAUAGAAUAGAAGAAAGGAAGAAAAAGUUCUGUAGGUCAGGAGUACAGAGAACUAGAGUUUUCCUUUGUUACUAUAUAUACCGUAUUAUAUUAAUCUGGACUUUGUUACUGUUCAAUUUGCGC